GGGCCUCGGAGGCGGAAGUGCCGCGGGCGCCGGUGUCUGGGACCGGCCGGGACGAUGGGAGCCCGGGGCAGCGGCGGCAGGGUCCGUAGUGGCGGCGGUGGCUGCCCGGGCGGCGGCCGGAGCAGGUGGCCAAGGACGCGGUCCGGGUAGUGCCGGGCCGAGCGCAAAGCCAUGGGCUGGGUUGGGCUCGGGACCCGGGGAGCUGCGGUGGCGGUGGCAGUAGCGGGGCCGCUGUUGCUGCUGCUGCUGGCUCGGCCCUCUCCUGCCGCCACCCGCGACAUCAGUAAGAGUGGCAUCAGGCUGGUGUCUGAGCAGUUCUCGCAGUCCCCGCAGAGGCUGUCUUUCUACAGCUGGUACGGAAGUGCCAGACUCUUCCACUUCCGAGUGCCCCCGGAUACCGUGCUGCUGCGCUGGCUGCUGCAGGUGUCCCAGGGUGGUGACCCCACGUGUGCGAAGGUGGAAAUCACCGUGUACUUCCGAUAUGGUGCCCCUCCUGUCAUCAACCCACUGGGUACCAGCUUCCCUGCCAACACCUCCAUGCAGCCCUCCUUCCUCAUCAAGAUGCUGCAGAGCAAUGCUUCCAUCAACAUCUCCCACCCAGCACCUGGGGACUGGUUUGUGGCUGCCCACCUGCCCCCCUCAUCCCAGAAGAUUGAGGUGAAGGGCUUUAUUCCCACCUGUGCCUACAUCUUCCAGCCUGACAUGCUGGUUGUACGGGUAGUCGAGGUCUCCAUCCUGGAGCCCAACACACCCUUGCCACAGACCCUCCUCUCCCAGCCCAGCUACCUCAAAAUCUUCGUCCCCGAGUACACCCAGGAGCUGCUGCUGGAGCUGCAGGGCUGUGUGUCCAACAGGAGCCUAGGCUGCCCUGUGCACCUCACUGUGGGCUCAGCUACUCUGCCCAGCAACUUCCAGAAGGUGCUCACCUGCACUGGCCCCACCCAGACCUGCCGCCUGCUGUUGCCCUCGCCGCCCUGGGACCGGUGGUUGCAAGUGACAGCCAAGAGCCUGGCAGGGCCUCAUGUGUGGGUGGCUUUCAGCACUGUAGCUUCUCUCACAGCCUGCAGGCCUUGGAUCAUCAACUUCCAACAUCUCCUGCAGAACAGUCCAAACCAGAGCCGCAACACUUCCAAUGGUCUGCUGCCCCCGAGCCCUGGCUACCAGGACCUUGGCAGGAGCGGCGCUGUGGGUGGUGGUCCCUUCUGCCUUCUGAGCUACCAGGUCAUGCGGGAAGACAUGGAUGUAGUGUCUGUGCACUUCAGGCCCCUAGACAGGGUCUCAGUGCUGGUGCGGUCGGACGUGCCUUCGGUGAUGCGGCUGCACCUUAACACGGGCAUGGACAGUGGGGGCUCCCUCACCAUCUCCCUGUGGGCCAACAAGAGUGUGAUCUCCAACAACACCUUGGUGAAGAUCUGCGUGAACGCUGCCUCGCCCUUCCUCAGCUUCAACACUUCGCUCAACUGCACCACAGCCUUCUUCCAGGGGUAUCCCCUGUCUUUGAGCACCGUGUCUCGCAAGGCCAACCUUAUCAUUCCCUACCCAGAGACCGACAGCUGGUACCUCUCCCUGCAGCUCGUGUGCCUUCAGAGUCCUGAGGAGUGUGAGAAGUCCCCGGUCCUCGUGGAGACGACCUUGUCUUUGGUGCCCUGCUUGAAUGACUGUGGACCUUACGGCCAGUGCCUCCUGCUACGCAGACAUGGCUACCUGUAUGCGGGGUGUAGCUGCAAAGCAGGCUGGCGUGGGUGGAGCUGCACGGACAACAGCACAGCCCAGUCUGUAGCCCAGCAGAGGAUGGCUGCGCUCCUACUCACCCUCAGCAACCUCAUGUUCCUGGCUCCCAUCACCCUCUCUGUGUACCGCUCCCUCCUGGUGGAAGCCUCCGUCUAUGCCUACACCAUGUUUUUCUCCACGUUCUAUCACGCCUGCGACCAGCCGGGGGAGGCAGUGCUGUGCAUCCUCAACUAUGACACCCUGCAGUACUGCGACUUCCUGGGCUCUGGAGUGUCCAUCUGGGUCACCAUCCUCUGCAUGGCACGGCUGAAGGCAGCCCUGAAAUAUGUUCUGCUGCUCCUGGGCACGCUGGUGUUCGCCAUGUCCUUGCAGCUGGACCGCAGGGGCGCCUGGAACAUGAUGGGGCCUUGUCUCUUUGCCUUUGUGGUCAUGGUCACCAUGUGGGUGUACCGCUGUGGGCACCGACGCCACUGCUACCCUACCUCCUGGCAGCGCUGGGUCUUCUUUCUCCUGCCUGGCAUCUCCAUGGCCACUGUGGCCAUUUCCAUCUAUGCCUCCAUGAUGACCAGUGGCAACUAUUACUAUACCCACAGCAUCUGGCACAUGCUGCUGGCAGGGAGCACGGCGUUCCUGCUGCCCCCACGUGACAAGCACACUGAGCCCUGGGCCUGCUCACAGAAGCUCACCUGCCACUAUCAGAUCUGUAAGAACCACCAGGAGGAGCUGUACACGGUGACAUGAUGCAGCCAACUCAGGGACAUGCACAGCUUUGAUGACAACCUCUUCAGCCAGGGGCAGGACCACGGGAGAGGGACCUUGUCCGGAUAGAUUGCCAACUGAAUAAAAUGGCCCUGCUCACCCA